CGAAGGCAACGAGUUAGAUACAGCACAUGGCAGCCGUGACCGUGGGGAUCCUCCUGCUAUUCGCAGUCCUUGUAGGACAAGGGUCGAAUGCUCAGGAUUGUGGAGCGGCACCUCUGAACACAAGGAUAGUGGGUGGACAGGAUGCUACAGCUGGGUCAUGGCCCUGGCAGGUCAGCAUGCACAUCAGACUCUCCGGUCGUCAAGGUCACAUCUGCGGGGGGAGCCUGAUCACUGACCAGUGGGUACUCACAGCAGCCCACUGCAUCGUAACAAAAACGCUAAGUUCAUGGAUUCUCUACAUGGGAAGACAGACUCAGACUGGCUCUAACAUUCACGAGGUAAGCCGCACCGUGUCCCAGAUCAUCGUCCAUUCUGACUUCAACAACAGCUUGUUCAACAACGACAUCGCCCUGAUGAAGCUCCAAAGCCCCGUUGUGUUCACUGACUACAUCAGGCCUGUCUGUCUGGCCAGUAACACCAGCCAGUUUCACAACGCCACCCUCUGCUGGGCCACUGGUUGGGGCCGACUUGGACGUAACGAGCCCUCCCCAUCCUCACUGCAGGAAGUUCAGGUUCCCAUCAUUGGAGAAAAGCAGUGCAGUUGCAACUACAGCCCAAUUCCAGGGGCAAACAUCACUGAUGAAAUGAUAUGUGCGGGACAAGGGAACAAAGGAACAUGCCAGGGGGACUCUGGUGGUCCUUUGCAAUGCCAACAAAACUCGCGGUGGAUUCAGUCCGGCAUUGUCAGCUAUGGAGUACCGUGUGCCCUGGCUGGUUUCCCUGAAGUCUACGCCCGAGUAUCUCAGUUCCAGACUUGGAUCAUGGAUCAAGUGCCUGCGGCAAACGUUAGCUUUCUAACGUACGCCUCCAAAGGCACUGAUGAAGACAACAACUUUGUGUGUAACCCACCCACAGUAGUUAAAACUACAAAUGGUGAUAGUGUUAAUGUUCCUGCAGAACACUUGUUCACAUCUCUGGCUUUGUUGUGUUACGUUAUGUUUGUCUUAUAAAUGAUAAUGUAUGUGUAUAAUAUCACAACGAUUGCAGUGGAGUUUGUGUUGUCAAAGUGCUGUAGUGGAAGAUUUCCUCUGUUAAUCUGGAAAGAAGGAAUAAAGUCUCUGAA